GGCCCAUUAGAACGUCCCGCCACCACGAUCCGCCACGUCCUCCCAGCGCGCUGGAGGCGGAGCGUGCGCAGCGCGAUCCUCGAACGUUAUCGAUUGCCACGCGGGUUCGAACCAUGGCUGAGAGCGACCGCAUACUUCAGGCCCGGGCGCUUCUGCAGCAGUGCCUGCACGCCAGGCUGCAAGUACGCCCAGCCGAGGGAGACGCCGAAAGCCAGUGGGUGGAGGUUCAGAGAGGAUUAGUAAUCUACGUGUGUUUUUUCAAGGGAGCUAAUAAAGAACUUCUUCCCAAAAUGGUUAAUACACUGUUAAAUGUGAAGUUAAGUGAAACAGAAAAUGGCAAGCAUGUGUCUAUAUUGGAUCUACCUGGCAAUGUUCUAAUCAUCCCUCAAGCCACCCUUGGGGGGAGAGUAAAAGGAAGAAACAUGCAGUAUCACUCUAACUCUGGAAAAGAAGAAGGCUUAGAACUUUAUUCCCAGUUUGUGACUCUAUGUGAAAAAGAACUGGCUGCCAACAGCAAGUGUGCCGAAGCUGGGGUUGUGGUGGAACAUGGUACUUAUGGGAACAGGCAGGUGUUGCAGCUGGAUACCAACGGACCAUACACACACCUAAUUGAGUUUUGAAAAAUUAAAAGUUAGCUUCUACAGUUGUUUUCUGGUAUAAAAUGAUCUCAACUAUAAUUAGAUUUUCUUCCUUUUCUUGAAUACACUAAUCUGUGGCAUUUUUAGGAAAGUCAGUCCUGGGUCCCAUCCAUACCUCUGCAACCUGUUAAUUAGAUGGCCUGGCCUUGCCAAGUCACCAAACUCUAGAUCUCAGUCACCUUUUUUCCUGCUUUCCUCAACAUUUCCACUUGAAAACUUGAAAAAUGCUUUCUAGUCACUUUAUAGUCAUUGUGGAAAUGUUCUUAGCUGUAUUUAAGUAUUGUACAUGAAGAAUUUUGUGCGAUCAAGAAAAAUAUGUCUUAUACCCUCAAAUGUAUGAAGUAUGUAAUAAAAAUAACUUUGUAUUAAAAUCAGUUACAAUCCCACACAAACCGAUUACAGUUUUGUCAAUUUUGUUUUACUAUUUUAGUUUUCCAUAUUCUGAGCAAAAACAAUAUGCUAUUUACUAUUCAAUCUUUUAACAAUAACUGUGAAAAUGUAAUCUAGAAAUGUUAUUGUGCAUUAUAUUACUUUCCAAGGACAUCCAACUACUUUAAAUCAUUUUAAAAAUCUUUAGUUGAGGGAGG